ACACUUUUUCCUUUGAUAAUAAAAUUACAACUUUAUAUUUACUUUCUCACACCAAAUGCCUGCUAGAAUGUGUGAUAUAAUGAACUGUAUGGGAUUUAAAUGCAGUACAGGCCACACUACCCUGCCUCCCUCACUGGGCUGUCCUCUGAACAGUGCAAAUUCAGGCACAAUUGGACUUAAUUACAGGGCAGUAGUGUUUCAGAGAGAUAGAGGGAGCCCUGUUCCCCCCUUUCAUAUACUGCACAAUGCCAUCUUCCCUAGUGUAGGGUGGGGUGAGGAAAGAGGCUGAACCGGAGGAAGCACAGGUAAAGAGAGAGAGAGCGUUAUUGGAGAUGAAUCCACACUGCGAAAGCAAUACCUAUACAGCAUAGCUACAAUGCCACCUGUAGGGGUUCUUAAGUAUUACUGAUUCAGAUGUACGCUUGAAGUUAGACAAAGUCAUCGAGGAUAAUGCAGAACAGACGUGUGAUAGUAACGACCUGUGAGUCUGAAAUAUAUGAAAUCUUUAGCGAAAAAUUUGAUGUGACAUCUAGGUCUGAUGUAAUCACAGGAGGUAAAGCACUUUCAAUGAGACAGAGGAAGGAAUGAAUGAGAAAAGGGUUGGACAAAGGGGGGGGAGGAUGCUUUUGUUUGGGUUUUAUGGCCAGAUUGUCUCCUGCUCUGGGAAAGUGAAAACCCAACCUUAGUUUAAGUUACCUGGGGGAGAAAAAGACCCAGGAAGAGGGUCAGAGGAAAGGUUAGGUGACUGUCAAGGGACAGCAGACAUAUUCAAGCGAGCAGAGAGAAACAGAAUCCAAAGUCAGUGAACACUAGCAGGUGUUCUCAGGAAUCUAAAAGCUACCUCUAUUAUACCUCGUCUUUCUAGAAUGAUGCAGUAGUGCCCUCUAGUGCUGUGCAGGACAACAGUUACUUUUAAUUUCUCUGUCCAAUUCAUUCCAAACCUCUCAAAAACACACCUAUCAGGUUUUCAUGAUAAAUGUUAAACUACAACAUCCAUUCCAUUUGGCCUUUACAUUACAAUUGAUUUGAAAUAGAGUAGUAUACUAGCCAUAAAUUACAUCAAGGCAGUCUAAAAUAUGCAUUUUGCUGUUAUCCUUUUUGGAUCCUAAAAUGAAUGCCUAUAAGUGUCAUGGAGAAUUGUCGGUUUAGAAUAUAUUGGAAAAUAAAUAUGCUAGGUUUUAAUGUGCGUAUUAAGAUGCAGUUUGCUUAUUUUUGUAACCUCUCACAUAUGUGUUGCAUUUGUGUGUUAUACAGGAGGCUGUAUGAAUGUGCAGUUUAUUUUCAUUAAUAGUUUGACUGCACUUUGCUCACUGUUAGGGAUGGACGGAGAUGAGGACAAAGUUCACAGAAAGCGCAUGGGGAGGAGGGGGAGGGAAAAAAAUACCUUUUAAAGCAUAACAGCAGGUGGAGGGCUAAAACGAGACAGCUCAGCUCAGAACGGAACGAGACCAGGAGAAAAAUCAAACGGGGGGAAAAUGAAAGCAAACUUUCUCUAUUCCUAAACUGAAGGACAGAAAUGCAAUGAUUCCAGAAGCCAAUUGCUCUGUUUUUUGUGUAAGCGCAUGACUGCAGUGUGUCUGUGUUGGUGUGUGAGUGUGUGUUUGUGACCUGUGGCCUGCGUAGUCUGUGUGCUGUGUUAGUGAGGUAAAGAUUAGGCAACAGCGUAAUGGAGGGAGAGGAGAGGAAAGGAGAAGCAGGGCCCGGCCCUGGGCGUCUGUCUGCUCUCCAGGAGCAGCUGAUCUGGGCUCUGCUGGGCUCUGGACUGUCCCGGGAGGUCCUGGUCCAUGCCCUGGGAGAACUGGAGCGAGAGAGGGUCACCCCUGGAGCAGAGAAGGGGGACAGGGGGGAUGGCGAGAGUUCGGAGGAGGGAGAAAUGGAUUUUCCACCCCCCAUAUUCCAGGAGCUGGAGGCCCUAGCCCCAGAGGAGGCAGCCAGGCAGAGGGCUCUGGUCGACCAACUGCUUCAGGAGGAUCCAUGGCGCGUGGCAAAACUAGUGAAGAGCUACAUGCAGCAGCAUAACCUCCCCCAGAGAGAGGUGGUCGAGUCCACAGGCCUCAACCAGUCCCAUCUCUCCCAGCACCUCAACAAAGGCACGCCCAUGAAGAACCAGAAACGGGCUGCUUUGUACAGCUGGUACGUCAGGAAGCAGGGCGAGAUUAGCCAGCAGUUUACUAAUGCCAGGCAUGCCCUUGGGUCUGGAGAGGAGCAGGGAGAGGAUGUGAGGAAGGGACGUAGGAACAGGUUCAAAUGGGGACCCGCCUCCCAGCAAAUCCUCUUCCACGCCUAUGAACGACAGAGGAACCCAAGCAAAGAGGAGAGAGAGGGAUUAGUGGAGGAGUGUAACAGGGCUGAGUGUCUUCAGAGGGGUGUGUCUCCGUCCCAGCUGGCUGGCCUGGGCUCUAACCUGGUGACAGAGGUACGAGUGUACAACUGGUUCGCUAACCGCCGCAAGGAGGAGGCCUUCCGCCAUAAACUGGCUCUUGAUAUGCCUUACAACAGCCAAUCAGCAAGCUCCACCAACCACACACUCUCACACAGCCCUGAGCAAGGCAUGAAGUAUAGCCAGCAAAUCACAUGUGACAAUCUGGGGUCAUCGAGGGGUCACAAUGGAGACAGAGGCUUGGGGGGCCGCCUUGCCAGCCCCAUUCAACUGGAGCCCAGCCACACACUCCUGGAAACACACCAUCACAAACCAGUAUCAGGUGGUGGCCCCUUGCCCCCAGUCAGCACCCUGACAUCACUGCACAGUCUGUCUGCCUCGCCUGCUCCCCACCAUGGACUCAUCAUGACCUCCCUGCCCAGCGUCAUGAGUCUGGGAGAAUCCUCUCUCCUCAUAGGUCAAACCGUACCUGUCAUCAACAAUGUGGGAGGCGGGUUCACCACCCUUCAGCCAAUCUCUUUCCAGCAGCAGCUUCAUUCCACUUCCCAGCAGCAACUCACACAGCAGUUCCAGAGUCACAUGGGCCACCACAGUCCUUUCAUGGCAACCAUGACACAGCUUCCAUGUCACAUGUACAGCAAGUCUGAUAUGUCCCACUACCCUCCGUCCAGCCUACUGUCCCAAGCAAUGGUCAUCACUGACAGCAGCAGCCUUGGAACACUGACCAGUCUAACCACAGUCAGACAGAUUCUGACCACAGACCCUGAGGAGCAGACAGACCAACCCAUCCAGGAGGACUCCCUACACCUGCAGUCCCCUUCACCUGUGCCAGGACAAUGACCCAAAACACACCUCCAGGCUGUGUAAGGGCUAUUUUACCAAGAAGGAGGAGUGCUGCAUCAGAUGACCUGGCCUCCACAAUCACCCGACCUCAACGCCAUUGAGAUGAUUUGAACGGCAGAGUGAAGGAAAAGCAGCCAACAAGUGAUCAGCAUAUGUGGGAACUCCUUCAAGACUUUUGGAAAAGCAUUCCAGUUUCCUCUGGGAAUUUACAGCUGUAUCCUCCAUCUCAGUCUAGUGAAACUCAUCCACCUCACCGCCUCUCCUCUUCGCCAGCAGACAUCAACUCCUACAUUCCUGCACAGAUGGUCUCUACCGCACAGUAGCAACAGAAUAU